GAGAAGGUCCUGGAGAGGGGGGUGGGGUGCAUGCGCGCGUAGGGGAGGAGAAAAUUGGGAUUUAGGGAUGUUCUUUGUCUGUCUCCCCCCCGUAUUUCUCGAAUGCGGGUAAUAAAGUGAAGCUUUUUUUCGAUAGUGGAGAGAAAAGUGACCAGACAUUUGAAGAACAUUUUUUUUAGGCAUAGCCUACAGGCAAAAUUCAAGGAAUUUAGAAACGGAGUAAGUAGGAUUCAAGAGUUGAGUGUCCCUCUCCCCCCACUCCGGAGUCACCAUGAGCUGGAGUUUCCUGACUCGUCUCUUGGAUGAGAUCUCCAACCAUUCCACCUUUGUGGGCAAGAUCUGGCUCACGCUGCUCAUCGUCUUCCGCAUUGUGUUGACGGCUGUAGGAGGCGAAUCCAUCUACUACGAUGAACAGAGCAAGUUUGUGUGCAAUACGCACCAGCCCGGUUGCGAAAAUGUGUGCUACGACGCUUUUGCGCCGCUCUCGCACAUCCGUUUCUGGGUCUUCCAGGUGAUCAUGAUCACCACCCCCACCGUCAUGUACCUGGGCUUCGCCAUGCACAAGAUUGCCCGCAUGGACGACGAGGAAUACAGGCCCCGUGGUAGGAGAAUGCCCAUGGUGAGCCUAGGGACCAACCGGAACUACGAGGAGGCGGAGGAUAAUGGUGAGGAGGAUCCCAUGAUUUCGGAGGAGAUUGAGGUGGAGAAGGAGAAGAAGAAAGAGGAGAAGCCCAACAAGAAGCAUGACGGGCGCCGGCGCAUCAAGCGCAAUGGCCUCAUGAAGGUGUACAUCUUCCAGCUGUUGUCGCGUGCUGCUUUCGAGGUCUCCUUCCUGUUCGGCCAGUAUAUCCUCUACGGCCUGAAGGUGUCUCCCUCGUACGUGUGCACACGCUCCCCCUGCCCGCACACGGUGGACUGCUUUGUGUCGCGCCCCACAGAGAAGACCAUCUUCUUGCUCAUCAUGUACGGGGUGAGUGCCCUCUGUCUGCUCUUCACCUUGCUGGAGAUCCUCCACCUGGGCUAUAGCGGCAUCCGGGACUGUCUCUGCCGCCCUCGUCCUCGCCCCCCAAUUCCCCACCAACUGGCUAGCCAGCGUCCAACACUAUGUGGCCACCGGGUGCCCACAGCUCCUCCAGGCUACAACACAGCUCUGAAGAAGGACCCCAAGGGCAUGCGGUUGGACUACAACCUGGGCGACUCGGGCCGUGAGUCGUUUGGGGACGAGACUUCACAGCGGGAGCUGGAGAGGCUGAGGAGGCACCUGAAGCUGGCCCAGCAGCACCUGGACCUGGCCCACCUGAACGAGGACACCAGCAGUCCGUCGCGGAGCAGCAGCCCAGAGUCCAACGGGACGGCCGUGGAGCAGAACCGCCUCAACUUUGCCCAGGAGAAGCAGAGCAGCACCUGCGAGAAAGGUUUGCGAGCCUAACUUCUUCAUUUGCCCACCUGGCCCUCUUAUGAUAUAUUCUCACAUCUGGGACAGUGAGGGUAUGAGGGAGCAUUGUGUGGGAACAGUUGUUGUGUAUAUGUGACUCGAGGAGGAUUAAUUGGUCUGCCUUUCAGUAUUUAGGCCAGUGAACGCUCAACUGAAACAUGCCAAACUCAACYAGUAGGCUCUUCCUACCCAGCUACACUUGACCAUGUCUGAAGAUCCAAAGUGACCCAACUGUUUUCAGAACAUGUCUAUUAGUCUCUCAGGGCAGCUGUGCUGUUUUGUUGAACUUCCUUUAGUAGUUUGUAGUUAUUCCUCUUUGCUGGAGUUUAGAGGGGUCCAUCUCAAGUUGGCCUUGAACCUUAAACUGGAGUUUACAUUUCAGCCAUUCCAAGAGGGUAAGGUCAAGCAAAGUGUGUCACAAAACCAUGUCAAAUGAGUUUUUUUGGUGAGGAAUACGGAACCACAGUGAGUCAGUGUUUGAACUGGUAUGGUAAUAGACAAGGCUCUCUGCUGUUGAGCAUAAGAAAAGGUACUAAGUGGCCAAUUCAGAGGGUGUUGGUGAUAUUAUGGAGUGAAUAACUGUCUUCCAUGUGCAACAGCUUACAAUUAGUGAAUGGUUAAAACUGUGUGUCAACCACCAGUCAUAACUGUUAUAUUUGAGUUGUAGCACACCAACAGCAAUACGUAGUUUGCAGAAAUAACCUACUUUGAUCAUGAAACCCCCCCCAAAUCUGAUGCCAAGUCUGGGAACUGGAAGCCUUUUUUGGCACCUUUGUCCAAAGGAUCAAAAACCUGGGUAAUGCUUGAAUUCAUGUACAUUAUCUUGUAUGUUUAUGUAACACAUGCUUUUGAUACUGUUCUUUCAUUUAGUUUUAUAUGGUAAAUGUUUGGAUGAUGUUGACACUUGGAAGUGCAAAAUGAAGCCUUUAAGGCAGUGGUAUUCAAAGUUGUGGUCAUGCCCAAAUAGUUUUGUACACAUUUUUGUAUGGGACAAACAUUUUGAGAAAGAUGAUUAGGGGGAAAAAAUUGUGUUCAGUAAAUGUAUCUAUUGGUUUCUUCAUUUUGAUYACCUUCAAUUCAUCACACUUUCAUCUCUUAUUUGUUGAUGUAAAGAUUGGAAUUCACCCCCAAAAAAUCAUUUACGGUUGUCAUUAGAUUCGGUCGGGGUGGGGUUGCAAUACAUUUUUGCGAGGGUGGGGAAAUGGGCUCCCGCUAAACAUUUUUGAAUACCACUGUGACCAACUAGUAACAAGUAUGAAGUUCCCUGCUUGGUGGGGGGGGGGUUAACCCCCAACUCUGGGUUAUUUUUUAUACAUUGUGUGUUUUCCCUGAAUAUUUGUGGCUUUGUUACUUCUCUACACAUUUCAAAAUCUAUGCUCGGUUCAGUGUUCAUUGAGGCAGUGAGUAUGUUUACAUGCACACUAAUAAUUAGAUGUUAAACUUAUGGCAAUAGGCUGAGUAUGGCAAUAGUCAUGUAAACACUACUCUGCUCAUCUUGAAUCGGCCUAAUGUUAAAAUCGAAGUAAGCAUACGCUGAUUAAAAUACCUGGUUUUCUGAAAUCUGUAGAAUUAUUAAGAUGGCUGAUUCGGCGUUCCAGCUGUGUAUUUGAUCUGCCAUGUGCCAGCACCAGUAGUGCAAGCCUCCCUCUUAUCUGCAAGUGAGUUUGGGAAAACUGAAAGGAUGCAUCUUAGAAAUGGUUCACAUACAAACUUUAUAUGUCCCAACUCAGAAUCAAAUAGGUGUCAGAAAAAUAACAUGGUCCGAUGUUUAUUUUGAUGAUUUUCUGCAUUUAUUGAAGUCCCAUUAGGUAGCCUGAUAACAUACGUGAAAAAAGAUUAUUAGGGAAAUUGUUCUUGCAAGGCUUUUAAACAAACUAUUAUAUAUUAAUCUGGCUAUGCACGAACCGUAUUGUGUGCAUGUUACCGUACUCUGAUGCAAAUCAAAUUCAAAAGCCAUAAACUGUUAAGAAUGCCUCCCCCAUGCUCCAGUCUGUUUUAUCUUCUAACAGUUAAAACAACCCAAUGCCUUGACCAUGAUCUAUAAUGCAAAUGUUCAUGUUAUCUUUUGAAGGUUAAAAUGACCCGAUGCCUUGAAUGUGAUCUGAUGCUGUCAGAGCACUCUAACAGCAGUGCCAUUAAGUGUAAACUCAUCUCAAACWAUUUUUUGAUACUUGCUUUAGUACUUUUUUUAUUUCUUAAACUUUUUCAAAUAAAUUCAUGUCUACCUUGAG